GAAAGCUGUGUCUGUUGCUAAGGAAGCAGGCAGUGAUGGAGGUUCUGCAGUCGCGAAAGGGAAAUUAAGGUGUGUAGCAGCAGCAGGCAAUGAAACGACCACAUUUGGAAAUUUGGGACUUGGAUGGGUACACAGAUAAAUGGUGUUUUGUGGGAGAACUUCUUUCUUCCAGCAGUUAUCUUCAUGAAUUGCAAAUGUUAGCACAGCCAUUGAGUAAAAGUAAUAUAUGUUUAACACUGGACUCCCUGGACUAUUAAUCAUGCAGUGCCCUUCCUAGACGUCCUCAGGUGUUAAAGAGCCACUCUUAAUUGAAUCCAAUAGAAAAUGUUUUUUGCGUGCUAAAAUCUUCUUGUGAAAUGGCCAUUCAAAGGAUUCUGCCCUGCCUGGGCUGAAUUAUUCUGUCAGAAACAGACAGAUGCAGAUAUGAUAAUGAACUAUCAGAAUGAUGUUCCACUUCAGCCUUGCACAGGUGCUGUUUCUUCAGUAAAAACCAAAGCAGUAAAGAAGCCAGAGGGUUUGGAAGCUAAUGACAAGAGGAAUACAGAGCAUGUGGGAAAGGGCUCAGAAGAAUAUGGUUGUGGAAGGUUUCUGAAUGACACUUUGCUGUUUCCACCGGAUGAGUUGGGCCAAGGAGCACAGGUGUUGGAUAAUGCUUUACUACCAAGACCACCCCUUCUGCCCAAACCUCCUGGGCAUCCUACAUUGGAAAGGGGCUUCUCCCAAGAAGAAAAGAUGGGAAGACGCAGGUUCAGAACAAGCCAGGAGAGUCUGGAUGAACUAGGAGGAAUCGGAUCUUCUUCUGUGAACUCCCUUCAAGACGAUCUGGUUGGUCGCCCGGUUUUGAACAGCACUUUCAAAUUUCUAGAUGGACGGGUUUCCUCAAGUAGCCUUGACAGCAACACCUCAAGAGACUUCCAGGUCUCUCCUUGUCUUGGAAAUGGUGGCAGUAGCCAUUCAGACCCUGGGAAAUGGAGCUCCAGUCAGAAUUCUGAACAAAUAAAACCUUCAAAAACAAAACUUUCUCCUCUUCAGCCUGCAGGACGUCUGCCUGCUAUGGAACUCAACAUGGCAUCGCCUGCAUUAAGGACAGCUAAUAGGAUAGACCAGGAUUGUAUGGAUUAUGGAGUGAUCCCUAAGAGUGUGUUUGGGAGACAGCGCAGCAACCUUACUGAUAGCAGGCUGCUGGACAGUAUGGUGUCAGAUACCUGUUCCACUAACUCCAUGAAGUCUACACUUAGUGUACUCAGUCCAAUUCGAUCCAAGGAUGUAAGAAAUAGGAGUUUUCUGGAGGGCAGUCUUCUAGGCCAUGGUGCGUUACUAGGAGCAGAAGAGCUGGAUCGAUAUUUCCCUGAGAGGAGUAUAGGGAUUUACAUUGCUACGUGGAACAUGCAAGGACAAAAGGAACUUCCUCAUAACUUGGAUGAUCUUCUGUUACCUCCUGAUGCUGACUUUGCACAAGACAUUUACAUUGUUGGAGUUCAGGAAGGCUGUCCGGACAGGAGAGAGUGGGAAAUGCGCUUACAAGAGAUCUUGGGUCCUUACUACGUCAUGCUGUGUGGAGUCGCUCAUGGGGUUCUUUACCUGUCUGUGUUCAUUAGGAGAGAUCUCAUUUGGUUUUGUUCAGAGGUUGAACAUACAACAGUUACAACCCGAAUCGUAUCCCAGAUCAAGACUAAAGGAGCUGUUGGUGUUGGCUUUACAUUCUUUGGUACAUCAUUCCUCUUCAUCAACUCCCACUUCACAUCUGGAAAAACAAAGGUAUAUGAAAGGAUUCUGGAUUAUAACAAGAUCGUUGAAGCCUUAACACUUCCCAAGAUCCUGCCGGACACAAACCCUUAUCGAUCAAACUCUUCUGAUGUCACUACGCGAUUCGAUGAGGUGUUCUGGUUUGGAGAUUUUAAUUUCCGCUUGAGUCUGGACCGCCUUGGAGUGGAUCAAAUUUUGAAGCAGGACUUCAGCUCGGACAUGAACAGACUACUACAGUAUGAUCAGCUUUCCAAGGAAAUGAAAGAUGGCUCUAUUUUUCAAGGGUUCAAAGAGGCUCCUAUACAGUUUCCCCCAACAUACAAAUUUGAUGUUGGAUAUGACACCUAUGACACCACCACAAAGCAAAGAACCCCUUCAUAUACAGACCGUGUGCUGUAUAAAAGUCGUCACAAAGGUGACAUUAAGGUUGUGAAAUAUACCUCCUGUUCCACUAUUAAAGUGUCAGACCACAGGCCAGUGUUGGGAGUAUUUCAAGUUAAAGUGAGACCUGGGAGAGACAAUAUUCCAUUAGGGGCCGGUCAGUUUGACAGGGAGCUGUAUUUGGAAGGGAUCAGGAGGAGGAUUACCAGGGAACUCCAAAGGAAGCAGGCACUGAAAAAUCAAAAAAACAGCACGGUCUGUACCAUUUCCUGACAAUCAGCAACGGCAGGAGAAACUUGGACACUUCUAAACAGAACCUGAACACAAAAAAGCAGAGCCUGGUCUCUUUUUGUACAAGCUAUUCAAUCAUGAUUGAUUAGCUGUUAAUUAAAGUCUAUACAGACAAUGUGCAUUGUUUUAACAUUAAGCAGAGUCAAAAUAAAAAAGAACAAUUUGAAGGAGGAGCGCUCAGCAGUUCUUUUUCUUGUUUUGGAUACAUAUGUAAUUGACUGUGCCCUUUGCAGAACAUUGUGCUUGAAAUAUAACGUUGACAUUGAAGGUGCCUACCAUAGAUACCCCAUUAUUCCAGGAUGAAAAAUAUUUUGUAUGCUGCUGACCAGAGUAGAUGACCAUAGGAAAUACAUUACUAAUCUGUAACUGAUACUGUUUUAUUUGCUUGGGUAUUCAUAAAGUUGCUUAUGAGUAAAAUCUAAUGCUGCUUCCAUAAUUGUGAUGAGUAAUGUAUAUUGGCAUAUCAUCUUCAGUAUGUGCUAAUGGGUUUGUUUAUCCUGGUGCGUAUCUAACACUCCCUAAAUAAUGCCACAUGAUUUUCAUUCACAAUUAGGUGAUUAUCGCACAUUAUUUAAGUAGCAUGAAUAGAGUAUAGCAAUUUCUUACAAUCUAAACAGUAUUAUAUGGUAUGUGCAACUGGCCAAAUUUAACUAAACAUUUGUUUAAAACUUUUUUUUAUUCAUAAAAUCGCUGUGAUUGUUGAACAAUCCCUUAUAUUAUUCAUUUUUCUUUUAUACUUGUAGUAAUGUUUUGUAGUUUGUCACUGUAAUCCGCUAUCAAAGUCAAGACCAAGGUGACAAUCUGAUCUUAUUAAAAUGAUUAUAAUUUUAUUGGACUGAUAGAUUACAUUUUAAACUUUAGCAAUCUGUUUGCCUUAAUUCCAUUUCAUUACUUAAUAGCCAGGAAUAACAUAUGUGUAAUACCUUUUCUAUCACAAGCGAAAGCUGCUUGGAAAAAGGUAUUAAGAUUGUUACACUGAUAAGUAAUCAAUAUCAUAAUAACGGCAAGCUCAAUAUUUUUGUGGUGUUGGUCUAGCCUAAUACACUGAAGUCUAAUCUUCAAAAAGUUCUGGGCUUGCCAAUAGUCUGAUAUUGAUGCCUUAUACAAUGCAACAAGCAUUGCAUUUCAAUAGAAUGGCCCAAUUGCCUUAACAGAUUAUUGUUACAGGACAAUAAUAAAGUGAAAUACUGUAAUCGAUGAGAAUGAUUCUUAGGUUUCAUCCUGGCUCUGCACUUUUUAUACCUGUCCCAUUUUAAGAUUCAUUCUUAAACAUUUGCAUUGUCUGAAUGCUUGGUUACAUGUUGAGCUUCAAAGGGGUUAUCCAAGGAGGUUUCACAUGGGGUAGUUUUUAACAGGUAGUGGCUUCAUCGUACCUAUUUAUACAGUUAAUCAUCUUCAUACAUUACAACAAAAAUAACUUGUGGUGCGGUUUAGGCUCUCAAAAACACCAGCAAAUUGUUGUCAAUUUCUUAUGUAUUUCACGAGCAUUGUUUUUAUGUUUGCUUAUUAGGCAAGAUGCCAAAUAUAUCACAGUGGUACUAAGGGCUUGUGCCUGGUAUCUUUUGAGACAUUGGCUCAGGGGAUUAUUACUUUUUUGUUCAUUUUAUUUUUACACUUGUCAUGCUGUGUUAAACUUAUUUAAAAAUGUCAACAUUGUAAAUGUAACAAUCACACCUGUAUACUCAUCUGCAAUUUAUAUUUUGUUCUACAUAAAUGCAGAAUUAAAUGAUAUGAACUUGUCUGUCUUUUUUUUUUUUUAAUUCCUUACAGAAUUAACAGAUAAUUUCCAAGAAUCAGUGUUAAUAAUUAGUAACCCAGGGCUGCCACCACAGAUCAUUAAACUGCUGCAAUGGCAGGUUGUUAUUUAAAAAUUCUGAAAGACAGGCAAUAUGAUUGGUUUGAUAAGCUUAGAUUUUAAAUCAAAAUUAGUUAUUUAAAAUGAUUGUCAUAUUUUGUAUGAAAGGCAGAAAACUGCUUUUGGCAAUUCAUUUGGUUUAUCAGUUUUUGUUAACACCAGUUGUUUUAAAACACCUAAAAAUAGACCAGAAGAAAUUUCAAGUAACUGGCAUCCACACUUUGUAGUUCUAGCUGGGGUAAGUAUGGCCAUUAAAAUGUUUAAUUAUUACAUUGGAAUUGAGCUAUCUCAUUAUCUCGUUUAAGAAAUGAAGUCUUUAAUAUGUGCAGAUAAAAAAAAAAUGCGUAAGUGAAAGGCUGCUUAAAAGAACAUUUAUGAUUUAUAAACACUUUCUAAAAUGUCUGAAUCAGUGUAUUUAAAUACGUUUUGCAUCACAGGGGUCUAAGAAACAUAACCCACAAGAGACUUUAAACAGUUUAUCACUUUAUACAAGCUAUCAUAUAUACAUUCACAAUAAACUCACUAACAUUAAGACGUCAUUAAAAAGGUGGUUCAUUAUUCAAUUAAGCCCUUUCAGCCAAGAGAUUUUAAUCUUAAUGUAAAUGACCAGGGUGUGUGGUAAAUACAAUGAGAUUCAGUUUAAGUUCUAAGUAUGCAGUCAGUGGGGUAAUUCAAAAUGCUUCAUUAAUACUGCUUGGAUACAAGGGUUUACAAAAGAUGCUUUAAAGUUAGGGAGCAAAGACAUUCAGGAAACUCCAGACCAUGUUUUGCAGACGUGUAGCGGCACCGCUAUGGGCACUGUGAUUAAAGUCUGGUUACAAGAUACAGCAGCACAAAAUCUGGAAAAGUGCAUUCCACAUUUUUGUAUCUUUCGUCAUAAUUUAGUCACUAGAUAUUCUAUAGAAUCUAAACUGUAUAUCAUGAAUAGUUAUAAAUGGAAUUUACAGGUUUACAAAAUGGCACUGAAACUAAGAUUGGCACCCUUACAACCAGCCACCUUGGAGCUUCACUAAUGUAAGCAUAAGUCACUGAGGACUGUGGAAAGGG